AUGCCAAAACGAUUGUAUAGUACAAAUGAUCGUGAUGAAGAUGCUGAUCCUAACUUCGUAUCAAAUAAGCGAUCUCGUCGAUUAGAACGUGAAACGAAUGAAAUUUGCCAAGGACUAUAUGAUGCUCUGCGAUCAUACAAGAAUGAAGAUGGACGAAUUAUUUGCGAAAGUUUUAUCCGUUUACCAAGUAAACGAACACAUGCAGAAUAUUAUACCGUUGUAAAGCAACCAAUCGAUUUAUUGAGAAUACAACAAAAAAUUCGCACUGACGAAUAUAGAAACCUAUCUCAAUUUAGCGAAGAUAUACAGUUAUUAGUGACUAAUUCAAAAUCCUAUUAUAAAAAAAAUUCAACAGAAUGGCGGGAUGCUGUUGAUCUAUGGAAUUAUUACAAUACAAAAAAAUCAGAAGCAGUUGGUCUUAUUUCACAUGAUGCAGAACAUAGCAAUGACAGUAUACAUAAGAGACGACAGUCAUUACGAAAGCCAUUUGACAGUGAUAAUAUGGAAAAUGAUAAUGACUCUGAAAGUAAAGCAAGUGAUUCAACAAUAAAUGAAGAUACAUCAGAUCAACAAAUUCAUACAAAUUUAUCUGCUCCAACAUCUGGUCGAAGAAGACGAAGAAAAUUAGUGGAACAAGAAAAUUCUUUAGUCAAUGGUGAAAUUACAGCUGCUAAAUCAGAUGAUAGUAAUUCAGUUGAACAAUCACAACAACAAAACAUCGAUCCGUACUAUCUUGAAGAAUUUUUCACAGCUAUUUAUAAUGCAAAAGUAGAUGACCGACCCAUGUCUGAUAUAUUUUUAUUUGUACCAUCACGUAAAUUGUAUCCCGAUUAUUAUGAAAUAAUAAAAGAACCAAUUGAUUUAAAAAUGAUAGCAAAAAAAAUUCAGUUAAAGGAAUACAUAUCAUUAGAAAAUAUGGAAAAUGACCUUUUAUUAAUGGUUUCUAACGCAAAAAAAUAUAAUGAUCCAAAAUCUCAAAUAUACAAAGACGCAUGUUCACUUAAAAAAACGAUUAUAAAUGUUCGAAAUGAACUAGAUACGGCAAGAAAGACUUCAAAAUCAUCAAAUGAUCGAUUAAGACCCCGAGAACGUGAUGAAUUAUUAUCAGCUGAAGUCCACCAAUUAGAAUAUCCUCUCGAUGAAGAUGUAGUAAUAACCUAUUCUAACGACGAUGUUGAUUCUGAAGGAAGUUCAUUGGGUGAAGACGAAGAUUCUUUUCGUUUAUUAUAUAAUGCUGUCAAGAGUUAUAAACUUGGUGUCCAAAGUUUAAUUGAUCCAUUCAUGAAAUUACCAAAUAAAAGAUUUUAUCCUGAUUAUUAUGAAGAAAUCAAACGACCAAUAGCCAUGUCAUUGAUUAAAAAUCAUAUCAAAAAAAAUCGUUAUGUCUCUCUGGCCGAUUUGGUUGAUGAUUUGCAGCUGAUGUUUGCAAAUGCUAUGCAAUAUAAUCAAGAAGGUUCAUUAAUCUAUAAUAGUGCAAAAAAAUUACUUGAUCUGGCUCUUUUAAAAGCACACGAAUUAGGUUAUGACGAACGUAAACGUUCAAAGAAUUAUCGCAAUAUAAUUACUAAUAUAAAGGAUGAACCGUUUGAAUCAUCACCUACAAAUUAUGGAUCACAUCGCUAUAAUGAUACGAGUGGAACAGUGACACGAACACCUUAUAUUACUGGUCAACGUGGUCGUCCACCGAAAAAGGCGGUCAAAUACACCGAACAAAAUAUUCGUACCAUAUAUAGUUUUAUACGUGAUUAUCGAGAAAAUGAUAUUUCAUUGAUUACACCUUAUUUACAACUACCAUCAGCAUCAGACUAUCCCGAUUAUUAUGAUGUGAUACAAACACCGAUCGAUAUGGAUAUAAUCAAAGAUAGAAUGGAAAAAGGAAUGUAUAAACGUGAGCAAGAUCUCGUUGAUGAUUUAUUGAAAAUGUUUAAAAAUGCAAAAAAAUAUAAUAUGGAAAAUUCAUCAAUAUACAUUAAUGCUUGUAAAUUAGAACGUGUUUUAAAUGAACAGUAUCGAAUAUUAAUGGCCAAAAAAGAAGUGGCUUUAUUGAAUUUUAAUGCAUCAACAUCACCAGCAUCCACAACCAAUCGUUCAACAGAACAAGGAUCAACGAAAUCGUAUAAAAAAUGUUUGAGCUUUUCAAGUUUAAAAAGUUUGCAAGAUAAAUUAAAUUAUUUAUUUAACGCCAUCAAACAUCAUAAAUCUCGUCAAGGACGUAUGUUAUCAACAGAAUUUUUAACAUUGCCAUCGAAAGCAGAUUAUCCAGAUUAUUAUGAAAUAAUUGAACGACCAAUCGACAUUCAACGAAUACAACAAAAACUGUCUGCAGCACUCUAUUUAUCAUUAAACGACUUAAUUAAUGAUAUUCAAUUAAUGUUGGAAAAUGCGUGUCUUUAUAAUGAACCUGGUUCCACAAUUUAUAAAGACUCAUUGUCGUUACAGCGUGUUUUGAUAGAAAGAAAACGUGAAUUAACUAGUGAUGACCAAAAUAUUCCGGAUGUACAAUUACUUGUCGGAGAAUUAAUGCUUCAUUUGUUUAUUGCAACGUUUAAUCAUGAGGCAAGUAAAAAAGCAGAGAAAAAAGAAUGUCGGUUGCUGAUGGGAAUGGACGAAGCAUGUCGAUGUUUUAGUGAUUCAUUUGCUGAAUUACCAGAGCGCGUCGAAAAUGAACCAUUUGAAUUUCCAUACACAUUUGACUUUGUAAAACGAAAUCUUGAUCGAAAACGAUAUCGUCGUCUAGAUGUUUUUCAAGAUGAUAUGUUCAAAGUAUUUGAACGUGCCCGAAAACUCAGUAGACUUGAUUCACAGUUGUAUGAAGAUUCUAUUGAAUUACAAACGUAUUUCAUACAUACAAGAGACGACAUGUGCUGCCAAGGAAAAUUAUUAAACUCUCCAGCAUUAUUCUAUAAUGAAACGAGUUUAACUCAAGAUAUAGCGAAAGAACGAAAUGAAAAAGGCUUAAAUAACAGUAUAAAUCCAGAUUUUGAUGAAAACAAAGAAGAAAAAGCAAAACAAUCUUUACCAUCAUCGGCUGAACGGAGUUCAUCGUUGAAAGGACAAACAUUUUAUUUGGGUGAUUUUGUCUAUAUUGAACCACGAGAAGAAGUAUGUGAGCCACAUAUUGUUUGUAUUGAAUCAUUCUCUCAAGAGAACAAUGAAGAUUAUGUGAAUGGUCUUUGGUUUUAUCGUCCAGAUGAAACUUAUCAUUUACCAACGAGAAAAUUUUUAAAACAAGAAGUAUUUUUAACUAAUAUUGUUGAAAGUGUUCCUGUAUCAAAAAUAAUUGGUCAUUGUUAUGUAUCACAUGUCAAAGAUUAUUUUAAAUAUCGUCCCGUUGUCAUUAAUCAAACAACGACAAGUAUACAUUUUGAUGAUGAAAAAGAUGUUUACGUUUGUGAAUCACGUUAUAAUACAAAAACAAAAAUGUUUAAAAAGAUCAAAUUAUGGAAUAUGCCAGGGAAUAAUUGUGUUAAAUUAGUACAACGAAUUAAACCAUUGGAAGCUAAUCGAGAUGUCUCUAGUUUUGUCAAAAAUGAACAAUCUACUUCACAAGAUGAACAACAACGUCAACAAGAUCUUUCUGAUUUGAAUGAUCCAUUAUUUUUAUCAUCAACUGAAACAAUUGAAAAACUUAAACAUACUCUACCGAUUAAUUAUUCAUCUACUGGAAAAUUAAAUGAUAGUCUAACACAAGAGCAAGAACAAUCAACAGUAAUUAAACAGUAUUAUGAACAAGUAGCAUUUUCAAAUAAAGAUUAUUAUAAAUUAGGUCUGUAUAAAAAAUCUGAUUGA